UACAUAGAAGAGGAAGAAGUAAAAGAAGGCAACGAAGAAGUCGUUGUUGUCAACAUGGCUGCUGACAGUGAACCCGAGUCGGAGGUUUUUGAGAUCACCGACUUCACCACCGCGUCAGGUUGGGAGCGGUUUGUGUCAAGGAUUGAGGAAGUUCUGAAUGACUGGCAGCUGAUUGGGAGUUCUGUUCCAAAGACACCUCCAGGAAAGGGUGAUUACACGAGUGGAACCUGGGAGGAGAAGUCUCAGGACAUUAACUUUGCUGACUUUGAGUUCUCCAUAACUCACUACUGUCUGAAGCAAGACUCAGAGAAGGAUGACGAGAAGGACGGACAGGCAGAAGAUGGAGUCCCUUUGGCUAUGCAGGAUCUUCUGUGUAUGAACAAUGACUUCCCUCCACGAGCCCACUGCCUUGUCCGAUGGUAUGGUAUGCGAGAGUUUCUUGUCAUCACCCCUGGAACCAGUUGUGAGGCCAUCAUUAGUGAGUCCAAAUGCAAUCUGCUUCUCAGCUCCAUCUCCAUCUCUCUGGCUAACAGUGGCUGCCAGGUUCCAAUUUUUGUGCAGAUCCAACAGAAGUGGAGGCGAAUGUACAUUGGAGAAUGCCAAGGGCCAGGUAUGCACACCAGUUUUGAGAUGGUCCAUCUCCGUAAAGUGCCGAGCCAGUAUAACCAUCUGUCUGGCCUACUUGACAUCUUCAAGUCCAAGAUAGCAUGUACCCUGACUCCUCUUCCUCCAGUCAACAUUGCCAUCCGUUUUACUUACAUUCUGCAGGACUGGCAACAGUAUUCUUGGCCUCAGCAGCCUCCAGAUUUUGACGCUGUCCUCGGAGGGGAAGUAGGGGGAGUUGAAUUUGGAAAGCUUCCGUUUGGAGCCUGUGAAGAGCCAAUCAGCGAGCUUCAUCUUGCCACCACUUGGCCACAGCUGACAGAAGGCAUUGUUGUGGAUAAUGAUGUCUACAGUGACCUGGACCCUCUACAAGCUCCUCACUGGUCAGUCCGAGUCAGAACAGUUGAAAACCCUCAGUGCUUAAUGGGUGACUCGCUGACAGAAUUCUACAAGCUGUGCUGUCGGAAGGAGUCUACGGAAGAUGUUCUUGGAAGAACCCUGACAGAGGAAGAGAACAAAGAAAAUGGUGACAUCAGCUCUGCUUUGAUUAAACUGACGGACCCAGCACCUACCGUGCCAAUCUCCAGGCUGUCCGUCUCCAACAUGGUACACAGUGCUCGUAAACACAUUGGACGUCGUCGAUUCACCGAGGAAUCACCACUCAACACAGACAUACUGAAUUCCAUACUGUUGUAUCUCUUCCCAGAUGCUGCUGUGGAGAAGUCACCUGACCAUAUCAAAAAUAAGAUGGAGCAGGCAAACACAGGUGGCAAGACCAAGAUGGAUCAAGACUCUGACAGUAGCCUUUUCCUCCAGUUGAAGUCGGUGCCCAUUGACAGCUUGACAUACCGACUGGCAACUUGUGUGUUUCUGGUCAACUAUUACCACAGCGGGCUGCGUGCAGUGGCACACCUCUGGCAUGAAUUUGUCUUAGAGUUACGCUACCGCUGGGAAAACAACUAUCUCAUCUAUGGCCUGGCCAGUGGACCUCCUGAUCUUCGCUGUUGUCUUCUACACCAGAAGCUCCAGAUGCUGAAUUGCUGUAUUGAAAGGAAGAGAGCGAGGAAUGAAGCACGAAAUCUGCUGGAUGGAGGCAACGAGAAAGGCAGGCUGUUGGGCAGCUGUAAGAAUGGACGCCCCGGGGCAGAGUCAAUGGCAUCAAGCACAGCGAGGGAGGCUUCACCAGCAAAAUCUUGGGAUUCAUGGAGCGACAGUGAGGAGGAAUUCUUUGAGUGCGUGAGUGACCAGGGGGAAAUGGAGGUUCCACAUGCAGAGAAGGAGAAGGACACAGCUAAGAGUAAACCAGAGGGCAGGCUGCACCCCUUCAACAAAAUGAACCUGCUCAACUCGGCAGUGCCUCUCUACGUGCCCAUCACACAGGAGCCUGCUCCCAUGACUGAGGAUCUCUUAGAGGAGCAGUCACAGGUACUAGCUAAACUGGGCACAUCAGCUGAAGGCGCCCACCUCCGAGCACGGAUGCAGAGUGCCUGUCUGCUCUCUGACAUGGAGUCCUUCAAGGCAGCCAACCCAGGCUGUGUUCUGGCGGACUUUCUGCGCUGGUACUCACCCAGGGACUUUGUAGAGGAAGAAACAGUGGAUGAGAAGGGUAACACAGUGAUAAAAGGAGAGCUUAGUGCCAGAAUGAAGAUCCCAGGAAACAUGUGGGUAGAAACUUGGGAGACCGCCAGGGCCACACCUGCUCGCCGCCAGAGACGGCUUUUUGAUGAUACCAAGGAGGCUGAAAAGGUUCUGCACUAUUUGGCAGUGAUGAAACCUGCAGAUGUGGCCUGCAGCCUAUUACCCUGCAUAAUCCAUGCUGCUAUUCUUAAACUGAAGGAAGAGGAGUCUGUGGAAGGAAUUCUCUCAGUCAGAACAGCCAUUCAGCAAACGACCUCUCGUGCAAGCAAAGUGCUUCACCAACCCUGUCACGAGUACAUCAAGUCUGAGGAUUUAAUUAAACAGCUGAUGGCCAUAGAGAAUAUCAUCACUCGUGCACGCUCACUGAAGGCCAAGUUUGCAGUUGGUGAGGCCAAGAAGGGAGCGGCUACAGAGGUCCUCGAGAAGUUUGUGAGCUCCCUGUUAGAGGAACCAGAGGUCAUGGUGAUAGGAGCUUGUCAAGGACCGGCUGGUAGCAUCAUCCAUAGGUUGUUUGUCAAUGCUCAAAGGGCUGCCCUCCUGGCUCCGCUGGAAGAAGAUUUGGACCCUAUGCCUAGGACUGAAGAUGGAAAUGUGACAGGAGGAGGAAGCAACGUGCCUGACUUCCCUCCUCCAGCAGGCCGGGAGAUUCUGUUACGCACGUGUGUGCCGCGGCCGGCGCCGUACUCCACGGCUCUGCCCCAGAGGCUCUUCUGCGUGCUGAUGAAGGAUGAGUUCAGGCUGGCCGGGGCCUUCUCUGCAGACACGUCUUUCUUCUGAGGCUCAAGGCAUGCUACAUUUAGACUGAAUGUCAUUUCCACUGCUGCCGUGUGUGCAGUGGAAAAACAGUUCAAGUCUUGGUAACUCCAUUAAUUAGCUUUUGAAUAUCACGCUUUUGCUGACGUGUGGGACGAAGUUUAAAAAUAAGUCAUGAUAAUGGACAGAAAGAAGGCUAAAGAGAGCCACAGUUUUAUUCUCCAUCAUUGACUGUUUGUUAAAGUGCUCAGUAGGAUGCGCUUAGAGACAGAAUGGACAACAUAGUGCUCAGUAAUGUCAGCGUCUCAGAGGUCAUGAUCCACUCACUGAAAAGGCCCUGCAAUGUCUCCAUUCUGACUGUCUGAUUUCACACCUUGCGGGGUUCGGUUCUGCCACAUCAGAACAUUAAAGGUGGGUGAGAGUAAAACCUCUUCAACAGCCUGAUCCAUGUCCCGUGUUUCUGAGUCGUGACUCUUUACUGCCACUCUCACUGUCCAACAUUUAGGCUUUAUUUUUACUUUCUGUUCGAACACCAUUAGAUGUAAUCAUGUGAUGCAGUGAUUCUUAUUUAAAUGUGUGAGCAGGCAGAAAACUGAUGUAACUGAGUGAUGAUGGGAGUGGACCAAAGGUGAGUAAGACACAGCAGGUCUUCCAGCCUUCUGACCGCCUCAGCAGGUGAUGUCACAGGUGAUCCGCUUGAACGGGAGGAGCUCCUGCUGAGUAAAACUACCUGCUGAGGGCGCUGGUUGCCAGGGAAACCUGUAUGGCACUGUUCUGGAUCUUUAAUGUGGAGAGGAACGGAUCAGUCCCCAUCCACCACACAGCAGCUGGAAUAAAGAAAAAACACUGAGAAGCAUUUGACUUUAAUUAUGAAACAUGACCCACAAUCUCUCACCUCUGUAUUGUUCAUUUUUGCAGCGUUUUCUUGGCUCUGGAACUGUUUUGCAGUGAGAAAUUCUUCCCAGAUUGACUCAGUUGGGUGCUUAGAAUCAAUGUGGCUGUGCUUUAAAGUGCUGACGUCCUUCACGUUGAUGUUUUGAGGUUAUUGUUUAAUACUUCUUCAGAUUAAACAAUGUUCUGUAAUUCCA